ACAUGUCCUAAGUGUUGCGAGGGCAAAUCGGUCUAGCCCUCCCACCUUCCCGCGAAAUCUAAUAGUCGGCGGCGCGAAGCAGGAGUUCUGGGGAAAUUUCGCCGGCCGGGUGCGAGCAGAGCCGCCGCCGCCUUCUUGCGUGGGAGAUGGUGAAGGAGCGGGAGGAGCAAGUGGCCAUUGUGCGCAUGGUGCUUGGCGAGGGUACACCGGAGAUGGACAUCAUCCGUGCUCUCCACAUGGCCGGCGACGACCCCACCAAGGCCAUUAACAUCCUCCUCGACCUCAACAAGGCUGCGCCACCUCUCCCGCCGUCGCCGUCUCCCUUUCCCUGUCCAUCGCCCUCCCCUUCGCCGGGGAAACCCGCCAAAGCCCUCGUCGACUCAACCCCACCAUGCAAAGCCCCUACCCGGCCCAUGCCCACGGCAGAGAAACCUAAGUCCACUACAAGCAACGGUGGCAGCGAGGAGCACUGGUGGCUGGUGGGGAGCGCCGAGAUGGUGGGGCUGUCCACCUGCAAGGGAAGGCGAAUUACCUCAGGGGACGUGGUCACCUUCAGCUUCCCCAAUGCCACAACCGCCGUGGGCAAGAGCCGUCCGAGCCGUCCCGCCCUAGCUUCCUGCUCCUCCGAGAUCAUGCGCUUCUCCACCCCGAGCCACGGGGAGGUGGGUCGCAUCCCCAAUGAGUGGGCAAGGUGCCUCCUUCCCCUUCUCAAAGAGAACAAGUUAAAAGUCAAGGGCUCGUGCAAAUCAGCUCCCGAGGUGCUUACCAUUAUGGACACUGUCCUCUUGUCAGUGAGUAUAUAUAUCAACAGCUCAAUGUUUCAUGAUCAAAAGCAAUCGUCACCCAAAGCAGCUCGAUUUGCUCCAUAUGACUCCACAUUUCACCCCCUACCUGCACUUUUCAAAUUGAUAGGACUUGCUCCUUUUAUUAAGGCCGCUUUUACUCCAGAAGAUCUUUAUUCCAGGAAGCGGCCAACUGAAACAAAGAGCAGUAUAGGGUCUCCUGCUGCAAAGCUGACAUCCGGCAGAUUGAGGUUGUCUUCUGAUGGAAACGAAGAUGAUCAUGGUGAAGAAACUGUUUCAGAUUCAGAUUUGGAUGAUAUAAUUGGGAUCUCAGACAGCUGUGCACUAGAGGAAAGGGCUCCCCCUGAUUCUCUGAUGUGUGAUCUACGCUCUUAUCAAAAGCAGGCACUUCAUUGGAUGCUGCAGCUUGAGAAAGGUAGUUCUUCCCAGGAUGCCGCUACAACCCUUCACCCUUGUUGGGAAGCAUACAAACUUGAGGAUAAGAGGGAACUCGUUUUGUACUUGAACGUGUUUUCAGGCGAUGCUACAACUGAAUUUCCUAGUACAUUACAACUUUCUAGAGGAGGAAUUCUGGCAGAUGCAAUGGGACUGGGGAAGACUAUUAUGACGAUAGCUCUUCUUCUUUCUGAUUCUAGCAAAGGAUGCAUCACAACUCAGAAUGCUGCUCAGACCCCUAGAGAAGCUAGUGGGUUGGGUGAAUCGCAUGAUGCUGUGAAGAAGCUUGCUAACCCUUUCUCUUUUAGCAAACACAAGAAACCUAAGGCCCCACUUAUUGGAGGAAGCAAUCUAAUUAUCUGUCCAAUGACACUAAUUAGUCAGUGGAAGGCAGAGAUUGAAGCUCAUACUAAGCCAGGCACUGCGAAUAUAUAUGUUCACUAUGGACAAAACAGGCCAAAAGAUGCAAGCAUCAUUGGUCAGAGUGAUAUUGUCCUGACUACAUAUGGUGUUGUGUCAUCAGAGUUUUCAAUCGAUGGUUCAACAGAAAAUGGGGCUUUGUACUCUGUACAUUGGUUCAGAGUUGUGCUUGACGAAGCACACAUGAUAAAAUCUUCUAAAAGUUUGAUAUCCCUAGCUGCGGCUGCUCUGACUGCAGAUCGGCGCUGGUGUCUCACUGGUACACCAAUUCAGAACAAUUUGGAGGAUUUAUACAGCCUUUUCCGGUUUCUGAAAGUUGAACCAUGGAGGAACUGGGCUUUGUGGAAUAAACUUGUACAGAAACCAUAUGAAGAAGGUGAUGAAAGGGGCUUAAAGCUACUGCAGUCCAUUUUGAAGCCAAUAAUGCUGAGAAGGACUAAAAAUUGCACAGACAAGGAGGGCAGGCCAAUCCUUAAUUUACCCCCUGCAAACAUUGAAGUAAAAUACUGUGUUUUAUCUGAGGCUGAGAAGGAUUUCUAUGAAGCUCUAUUUCGAAGAUCUAAGGUAAAAUUUGAUCAAUUUGUUGAGCAAGGAAGGGUUCUGCACAACUAUGCUUCAAUUUUGGAGUUACUUUUGCGCCUAAGGCAAUGCUGUGAUCAUCCAUUCCUUAUUAUGAGUCGUGGGGAUACAAAAGAGUAUGCAGACCUAAACAAGCUUGCAAAGCGUUUUCUGCGUGGUGGUAAUGGUGCUGUUAAUGGUGAUUCUUGCAUCCCCUCUAGAGCUUAUAUCGAACAGGUUGUCCAAGAAUUGCAAAAGGAUGAAGGGGAGUGCCCUAUUUGUCUUGAAGCCUUUGAGGAUGCAGUAUUAACUCCCUGUGCUCAUCGUUUAUGCCGAGAGUGUCUCUUAUCUAGUUGGCGGAGUGCGACAGCAGGCCUUUGUCCUGUCUGUAGAAUGUCAAUGAGCAAGCAGGACCUUAUAACUGCUCCUACUGAUAACCGCUUUCAAAUCGAUGUCGAAAAAAAUUGGGUUGAAUCUUCCAAGAUAUCUGCUCUCCUGCAGGAGUUGGAAGCUCUUCGCAGUUCAGGCGCCAAGAGUAUCGUGUUUAGCCAGUGGACUGCUUUUUUAGAUCUGUUGCAAAUUCCACUUUCUAGGAAUAAUUUCUCAUUUGCUAGGCUGGAUGGGACGUUGAAUCUUCAGCAAAGGGAGAAAGUUAUAAAGGAGUUCUCAGAGGACAAAGGCAUUUUGGGAGCCCAAACAACACAAGCAGCGGCAACCCCACACACAAAGCAUAUCCAGAGUCAUCGUUGCCGAGCUCAAUACAAGGUACGAGCAACUCCGACUUCGCUAGACGGGCCGCACACAGCCAAAAGAACACGACGACACCUACACCUUAAACCUGGCUCAGAAGGAGGACUGAGAUGCGCCAUCGUUGCCAUGCCUCAACACACCCACACUCUAGGCAACAACGAUUCUUCACCAGCGAUCUUGAUCCAACACCCACCUCCGGUUUUUGCCCGACCUCCAAAACAAUUCAGACCAGAGGAAGGGGUUUCGCCUCAUGUCAUCGUUGCCGAGCCACUUCCCCUAACGUGACAGCCUCGAUUUCACGUUGUAAACCCCACCUCCACCCACAAACGAGACGCUGGGAAGCGAAAGCAUCAACCGAAGGCAACGCCGAGGCCGAGACGAAGGCAAACGUGACGCCUUUAGGAAAGGAUUGACGUCCAGGACGACACCGUCACAUGUCCAAGAUGGACAAGGCUUUCGCCCAUGAAAGACAGAGCAAUGCGACGUCCUCAACAGGGGGAAGUGGUGCCCACGGGCGUCACCAUCGCCGAGACUUUCGCUCAAGAUGCGCUCCAUCACUUGAAAGGCUAGGACCCUAGGCCAAAGCAUGUAGCCACCGCUGUCGCCAUCGCCCUGGCUUCCGCGCAAAACCCUCCAGAGGGGCACCGACGCGCCGACUACCGCAGCAGCCGCAGAGCUACGUCGGCUGACGUCCCCUGCGGCUGGGCACACGGAAACAGGAACACCUUGUCGUGUGCGCCACACGUGUUGCCACUGAAACCGCGUUGAGAGCAUCACCUCCGCAACUGUCACUCGCACGCACCACACCCCUAGGUCCAACCUCUCCGGCCGCCACAGCUAAGAACGGCCAGAGACGGUGGCGCCCAGCCACUGCCGUCG